AUGGGACCAUUUCUGAGCCGACGAGUCCAGAAUAACCAGUUGGAAAGUCUCAAUGCCAUUCAUGCCCAACUGUCCUCCUGGAAGAGCCAACUACCUGACAAACUACGGCUUGAAACAUACAAAGAUAAUCCCAACAGCGAAUCACGAAUCCUUGAAAUGCAGGCCCUAGCUCUCCAAUUGACCUACGAUAAUCUCCAGAUCAUCCUCCAUCGCAGCGCUGCAUUUGGUGUCAACAAACGCGGAUCUCAUUCAAAUGAUGGCGCAAAUCCGGACAACUCGUUUUCCCAGCAGCAACUUCUGGAGUCCGCAUUAAGAACCUCCCAGCUGCAUCAGCAUGCUCAGCUUUUACAAGCCUGCCGCAAGACACACGCUGUGAUGCACAUUGGGAUCUGCCUCUUCACAUCCGGUGUCGUCCUCUGUGCGAUCGCAUUAGCGCAGCCCCUGUCGCUAGCCAGCCAGAAGGCAAAAGAAGGCGUCAUGCGUAUCCUACGCUUGCAAGAUGACAGUAUAUCCUCCCGGCAUCUGCUUUCUAUUCAGAGUGUCCAGAUCCUGCGAGAUUUAGUGACAGUCGUUAUGCGCUCCGAAGAAAGGGCUAUAUUGGGCUACUCUUCCAUGCCAAUUGGUCCUAUACCUGAGAGAUUUGAUGAUGGCCAGUCAAUCUCAGCAUUCCCGCAGGCGGAUCCCAUAAUCCCCGAUCGGGCCUUACUCGACGAUACAGGCGUACCUCAGCCAUUCUCAAAUACGGGACCUCUCAAUCCUCUGCAGCAAGUCUUCAGGCAACAUCUAAACCAAUCUCUCCCCGCACUUGAUCCACCUGGCUUGAUUGACUCCAACAGCACACAAGGUUCCGUGGAAAUGCAGCAGCCAACCCCGGCAGCAAUGUUUUCAUGGGAUGGGAAUGUAUCCGCACUAGUCGAUGCUGGACUCGUAGAUGCAAGCCAGAUGUGGCUGUGGUCAGAUAAUCUGGAGUAUCAAUCGUUCUCAGAACUUGGUAACAUAUUCCCUUGA